CGACACGUUCCCUCCUUCCUCGACCCACACAGACAGAUUCGAUAGACAGCCAGACGUCGAUACGGAACAUGAUCGACGUAGGACUCGAAGGCGUACACGUUCUCGUCACCGGGGCGAACGGCGGGAUAGGUCUACCCACGGUCAAGCUCUUCCUCGAACAAGGAGCCUACGUCACAGCCGUGUAUAACACCACCUCUGCCGACCUAGACUCGGACCCCGUCAUCACCCUUCAUAAAUCGAAAAACACUUGUCGGACGAUCUCACUGGACGUGACUAGUGAACAGGCCGUCGAACGCACUUUCACCGAAUUGUAUAACGAAGAUUCCAGUAAUAAGACCGGGGGAUGGCCGGCACUGAGCUGCCUCGUGGUGAAUCAUGGGAUCUUUACAACCCCCUCGGUACCUAUUUGGGAGAUGACAAUGGAACAGUUCGAACGUACGCAGCGGAUCAACCUUUUCGGCCCUUUCCUCCUCAUCCGGGCGUUCUUGAAGGGGUACAAGACCCACCUCUCUUCUACAAUCUCCCCCGAAGGGAAUCACAAUCAGAUCCUAAUAGCCCCUCCUAAUAUCGUCAUCAUCGGCUCCACCUCGGCCGAAUUCGGAGAAGCGGGCCAUGUAGACUAUUCGACCUCGAAAUCGGGGUUGACGCAUGGGUUGGUGAAGAGCGUCAAGAACGAGAUCGUCAAGAUACAUCCUAAGGGACGGAUCAACUCGGUGAGCCCGGGGUGGGUGAAGACGGGGAUGGCAGAGGAGAGUUUGAAGGAUGAGGAGACGAGGUGGAGGGCUACUGCGACGACCCCGAUGAAGAAGAUCGCCAGCCCGCUCGAGGUGGCCUACCAAGUGCUCGUCAUGAGCAGCGACGUCUUGUCGGGACAUACGACGGGUCAGAUCGUCAUGGUCGCAGGGGGGAUGGAAGGUCGGCUGUUGAACCCGAAGCCUUGAGAUCGAGGCCGAGGGCGGGGAAAGAAUGGGCCUGCCAGCAGGACG